AUGGUCUCACUCUUCUCUUGGCUUCCAAGCCUUCCAUACCCUGUAGAGCAGGACGGCUAUUGGAGCCCUGUAACAUCGACACUGGACUGGUGUGAAGAGAACUACGUUGUUACGACAUACGCUGCGGAGAUUAUCAAUACGCUCACGAAUCUGCUUUUUAUGUACCUUGCGAGCAAAGGCAUACGGAGCUGUCUCAAGCAUGGCCACGAUACAGUCUUCCUGGUCGCGUUCAUUGGCUACGUGCUCGUCGGAACCGGUAGUUUUCUCUUCCACGCAACACUGAAGUACCCCAUGCAGCUUGUGGACGAACUCUCCAUGAUAUACACAACAUGUCUAAUGUGUUUCGCAACCUUCUCAUACGGCAGGUCUCUGCGCUACUCCACGUUCCUUGCAAUAGGCCUACUAUCUCUGGCUGCCUUUGUCACAUUGUAUUAUCACCAUAUCCAGGACCCGGCGUUCCACCAGAAUGUUUAUGCACUGCUUACAGCCACCGUCCUGUUCCGCGCCAUGUAUAUGAUGGAGGUCGCCAUCCGACCUCGCUUCCAGUCUGAUGAGAGGAAAGCACUGAACCCGCGUGCUGACCGAGCUGUAGAGGCCGUUCGAAAACAGGAAGAUUUGAGGGAUCAAGAGAUCCUGCGCACGAUGUGGAAGAUGAUCAUUGCGGGUCUGAGCAUCUUUCUGGGUGGGUUCGCUAUCUGGCAUCUGGACAACGUGCACUGCUCGAAGCUGAUCAGGUGGCGGCGAGAGAUUGGCAUGCCUUGGGGCUUUCUGCUUGAAGGCCAUGGUUGGUGGCACCUGAUGACAGGAACUGGAGCAUACUUUUACAUAGUUUGGGGGAUCUGGCUGAGACAUUGCCUCAACUAUAGGCACGAUGAGUACGAGCUGUACUGGCCCAACUGGGUAACGAUGCCUGAGGUCGUAAAGGCAAGAAGCUCGGCGGAAGGGGUGGCGAAAAAGGCGAUGUGA